CGACUGGAUGGGAUCCUGUACUCGUAGUAUCUCAAAUAAUAUCGAUGCAGACCUUGCAUUACCUUACUCUCGCCUUUCUCACUCCUCCUCUUCUUACUCUCUUCGCGGAGCCGUCCUCACUAGAGUAUGAAGGUGGCGCAGCCAAUGUUGGGAUGAUAAUGGACUGGAGACACAUGGCAGGAAAGCCAACGUCAACAACGGCGGACCCGUGGGCAACCCUCAACAGUGUAUGGAGUGGUGGGAGGCAGGUUGGCGUCGGUGAGGUUGAGGACCGUUGGAACACUCAAUUAGACCCCAGGCGAGGUUGGAUUAUUGCCGCAUGCUGGAUUGGCGCGUCCUGUGUGAACGUGUUCUACCUCUAUACUCUUGUCCGCCGCCCACGCCUUAUCCUCGACUUCACGUUGACACUACUCUUCAACCACUUGCUGCUGACGACCUACUACACCGCAUCUGUGCCGACCUCUCUGUUCUUUUGGCUCAUCAUGGCUGCGUGCGCGAUAUUGAUGGUCGCCGCGACUGAGCAACUGUGCGUACGCCGUGAAAUGCGCGAAGGCUUAACGGUGAUUUCGGGGACAACCUCGCGUGCCAGGGAAGCUGGGGACGAGGUCGAAAUGGGCAGCCUAUUGCGGAGAGACUAGACUUUACAACUUCACGGGAUGUACGUCCUUCCGCAUUACUUCUGUUUUACCUCUUAAAACCUGGCCGAGUACUUCUAGAGAGAUGUAAUCUACACUGAAUUUGGUCACGCAUAUUUAUUUAAGACUCGCAUGUUUUUCACUGUCUGGGUUCGGAGUUAAC